AUGUCUGAUAAUAUUCAAAUAAUACCAUCAACAUUAAUUAGGCCAUCUUUCCCGCCAAUUAUUUCUGCAAGCGAACUCGUUCCUAAUACUACACGUAGAGGAAAUGUUCCAACAAAGACUUGCAACGCAUUUUUUAUUUAUCGAAAAUCUUGCAUCCAAAAAAUGAUGGUUAAUCGACUUUCUAUUCCUAUGCCAGAUGCUUCGAUUAUUAUAAAAAUAUUAUGGAAUGAUGAGCCACAAUUAGUGAGAAACAAAUAUAAGCAAUUAGCUAAAGAAGCAAAAGAACUUCAUAAGACUCGAUAUGGCAUAAUCCCUAAUACUACAACUAAUAAUCAAUACGGCGUGAUUCCCGACAACACUUUGGGUUCGAUGAUGCUUAAUCCUAUGACUAAUAUUGCGGUAUUGCCUAAUACUACGACUAAUACUCAAUACGUGAUCCCCGACAACACCCCAAAUUCUUCGCUUGACUAUAUGACUAAUGUUGCGAACCAUAUGACUAAUAUUACGGUGUUGCCUAAUACUACUAAUACUCAAUACGGCGUGAUUCCCGACAACACUUUGGAUCCGAUGAUGCUUAAUCCUAUGACUAAUAUUGCGGUAUUGCCUAAUACUACGACUAAUACUCAAUAUGUGAUUCCCGACAACACCCCAAAUUCUUCGUUUGACUAUAUGACUAAUAUUGCGAACCAUAUGACUAAUAUUACGGUGUUGUCUAAUACUACUAAUACUCAAUAUGGCGUGAUUCCUGACAACACUUUGGGUUCGAUGAUGCCUAAUCCUAUGACUAAUAUUACGGUGUUGCCUAAUACUACUAAUACUCAAUACGACGUGAUUCCCGACAACAAUUCGGGUCCGAUGAUGCCUAAUACUACUAAUACUCAAUACGGCGUGAUUCCCGACAACACUUUGGGUCCGAUGAUGCCUAAUACUAUGACUAAUAUUACGGUGUUGCUUAAUACUACUAAUACUCAAUACGACGUGAUACCCGACAACACUUCGGCUCCGAUGCUAUGA